GGAUGACGUAUAUAAAGAGGCGGGGGGUUGGUUUGCUCUCUUUGGUGAAUUCUCUGCCUCCAGUAUAACGAGCGCAGUCUGUAGUUGCGUGAUCACAGCUGGUCUCUCCUCAGUCAUCCAGCAAGACUCCUGUACCACCACACACACUGUACACUAGAUCCUGGAUUUGAUCAGAAAUGUUUUUCUGUAGAUCUGCUUGGCAGAGACUGGGGCUCCUGGCACGAAUGACAGUCGCCCUACCCCUAUCCAGAAAUGUGGUUCCAGUGCGGCAGAUGUCCGUCGGGAUCCCCGGUGGCUCUGCCACCAAUGUGGCGUACGCUGUUCUGUGUGGAGGAGGCCUCACUGCCGCUGUAGUCUACGCUUACAAGACUGUGAAUGGUGACAGUGAGCGGUACAAUGACAGACUCGCCGAGAUGAACUCGAGGCCCAAGGAAGCAGCACCAGCAGCAGAGGAAGUAGAAUCCCCAGAAGAACCGGCACCAGUAGAAGCAGAGGUGUUAGCCGAGGUGGUCGCUGAGACAGCCGCCAUCGAGGAGGUGCCUGCAGCAGCAGAGGAAGUCGUGGCAGAGGUCACAGCCGAAUCCGUUGCUGUCGUAGAGGCGGUUGCAGAGGUUGCUGUGGAACCAGAGGUCGUCGCAGUUGAGGUGCCCGCAGUGGAAGUCGCCGUGGUUACGGAAGAAGCUGCCCCGGAGGCUGUCGCAGAGGCUCCUGACGCCGUGGAGGCGGCUCCUGACGCCGUGGAGGCGGCUCCUGACGCCGUGGAGGCGGCUCCUGACGCCGUGGAGGCGGCUCCUGACGCCGUGGAGGCCGCCGGUGAGGAAGUUGUGGCCGAAGUAGUGGCUGAGACUGCUCCCACCGCCCCUGAGGCAGAAGCUGCCCCUGCCGCCGAGGUGGCAGCAUAAGGGGUCAGAGGUGAAAGGUCAACCUAGAGGGGUGGGUUUAGCUGUGGUGUGUCCCUCUUACUACUACCCCCCCCUCCCAACCCUAAACCUGACCC